AUGGAUAUAGUUGUCUCUGCAAUCAUAGGUGACCUCAUCAGCAGGUCGGCAGCAUUCGUGAUCAACAAAUACUUCCAGCAGCAGCCUGGCAUCGACAAGAUUCUACAGAGGUUGCAGAGAGUUGUAAUGAGAAUGGACACCGUUGUCAAGGAGGCAGAGGGGCGGCACAUCACCAGCAAAGGUAUGCUCCGUCAGCUCAAGAUCUUGAGGCAAGGAAUGUACAGAGGCCACUAUGUUCUUGAUGCCUCGAGAUUCCAAGACUUUGGAGAGGAUGAGGAUGAGGUGAGCUACUCAUCAACUGCGCUGUCUAGAUUCAGUCAAUCCAAACGGCUUCGUCUCUCUAGAAAUGACGGUGGUAGCAGCAACAGAGAAGCAGCACUGUUCUUUGUUGCAAACAACAGUAUACCAGAAGAACUGCAACAUAUGGUUGAUACUCUUGAAGACACCAUGACUGGUAUGAAUGAGUUUCUUUUCUUCUUGGAGUCAUAUCCUCGGAUAAUCCGGCAACCGUACGGCACAUAUUUGCUCUUGGACAAUUGCAUGUUUGGUCGCCAAACCGAACAGGAACAGGUUCUGAACUUCUUGCUGUGUCCAAGUGUUACUCCAGACUUAGCUGUACUCCCGAUUGUUGGUCCAUUAGGAGCAGGGAAAAGCACGCUUGUGGAAUAUGUCUGUAGGGAUGAGAGUGUGCGCGAACGCUUCUCGAUGAUCCUCUUCCUUCCAGAAGGUUGUCUCAAGAAUGAAGGAGUGAUCAACCUGACAGGGAACAAUACUAAAAUCAGACAUCAGAAUUGUACUUCUCAAAACAGGUUGCUGAUUAUUGUUGAAAUAGCACAGGACAUUAAUGAGGGAACAUGGAGACGCCUGAAAUCUUCCGCAACCUCCAUGGCACCAUGUGGUGGGAGUAAAAUUAUAAUCACCAGUCGGUCAGAAAGAAUUGUGAACCUGGGAACAACAGAAGCACUUCGACUGAACCAUGUUCGUCCAGAACCUUAUUGGCAUUUUUUCAAGUCACUUGCGUUUGGAAGCACAAACCCUGAUGAGCAACCAAACAUGGCUGCUAUGGCCAUGGAGAUCGCUUUGGAACAGAAACAGUGUUUCAUGGGUGCACAUAUAGUUGCUGGGUUACUGAGAGAUAACUUCAAUGCUAGAUUUUGGCGCAGAAUUCUUGAAUGUGUGAGAGCAAAUAAACAGACACAUCUCCUUCUGUUCCGCAAGCACCCAAAUCUUCGUUUGCUGGAAGAAGGACCAUUGUAUAAUUGGAGAUUGGAGGGGAGCUGCAGAUAUUUCUUGGUUUGCAACUAUCAGUCAGAUUCCGGAGAUGAAGUCCCAGAGAUCAGUGCGCGAGACAUCAUCUUAGGAUCUGGUGGUACACUACCCCGUGGGGAAUUUGAGGCUCUUGCAUGGAGGUCUCGCAUACCGCCCUACUACAACUACACGAUACGCUGUAUAAUCCAAGCACCACAACCUACGGUGGGAAGGAAGAAGCGUGUGCCUCAGGAGGAAUGCCACUUGAUUUGAGCAGCACACUGUGUGAAUCACAUCACGUUUAAAGAUCAGAAAGAUAAGAUGGAAAGGGAGCAGCGGCAUUACCUGGAGCUCAGGGGCGGCGAUGAGCCAAGGAUCAAGAUAAAAUUAGGUGUUGGUUUCUUGUAUGUAAUCCCAUUAACAAAGCAGCAGCCAUUCCUAUUUU